GCUCGACCACAUGCACACACGCCAGUUACGCACACAGGACGCACGCUGGUGGCAGAGCAGAGACCAGACGGAGCUGAAAACAGCGAGACGCACGCGUUAUUUUCCACGCGCUCCCUUCACGUGUGACAUUGUGGACUUGUCUGCUUUCAGGAGCGGAGCUCCCCGGUGUGCGCACUGUUAAGCGGGGACCACAGGGGCGCACCCAGACACUGGACUCCGCACUCCGCGAAGCCUCUUGGCUCCCACACGCCGGGAGUCUGCUCGUUGUUUUUUUUUUUUGGAUGGUUUUAACGUUUGCUGCACCAAAACACGUUUGUGUUGGUGUUGUGACAUGUAGUUGUCACGUAUAGCCUUAUCGAUGGUGACUGAACACGCGCCGUGGGAUUAUUGAACUCAUUUACAUUGAAUUUGAAAGCGCCGCGGAGCACAUUUUUGCCUCUCUGAUCUAAUCUCGAGAAAAGUCGACGGGUUUCUGCAUCGCACAAGAUGGAUUUUGUGAGCUGGCUGUUUGGAUUGUUAAUGGCAGUGUGUCAUGUGGCGCUGCGGGUCAGAGGAGAAGAAGCCUCCCAGUGCAGGGGCGUCUUCGAUGCCAGUGAAGCGGGAUACAUCACCUCGCCGGGAUACCCUCUGGAAUACCCGCCUCACCAGAACUGCCAGUGGGUCAUCACAGCGCCAGAGCCCUCGCAGCGCAUCGUCCUCAACUUCAACCCGCACUUUGAGAUCGAGAGGCUGGACUGCAAGUACGACUUCAUCGAGAUCCGCGACGGCACUUCGGAAAAUGCAGACGUCUUGGGCCGUCACUGCAGCAACAUCGCCCCGGCGCCAAUCAUCUCAUCAGGUCCCUCCCUCCAGAUCCGAUUCGUGUCGGACUACGCCCACCAAGGAGCCGGCUUCUCCCUGCGCUACGAAAUCUUUAAAACAGGGUCGGAAUUCUGCUUCCGCAAUUUCAGCAGCAGCUCCGGGAUGAUCGAGUCACCGGGCUUCCCUGAUAAAUACCCCCACAACCUGGAGUGCUCGUACAUGAUCAUCGCUCCGGCACACAUGGACAUCGCCCUCACGUUUUUGACGUUUGACCUGGAGAACGACCCCCUGCUGGUGGGCGAGGGUGACUGCAAAUACGACUGGUUGGACGUGUGGGACGGCCUCCCACAAGUGUCGCCGCUGAUCGGGCGGUACUGCGGUACCAAGAUCCCUCCAGAGAUCCAGUCAUCCUCUGGCCUGCUGUCCCUUUCCUUCCACACGGACAUGGCGGUGGCCAAAGACGGCUUCUCUGCCCGAUACAACAUGACGCGCAAAGAAGUCAGCGACUCGUUUCACUGUAGCAUGGCGCUGGGCAUGGAAUCGGGGCGGAUCAGCGACGACCAGAUCACAGCCUCCACAACCUUCUAUGACAACCGCUGGUUGCCGCGACAGGCUCGCCUCAACAACCAUGACAACGCCUGGACGCCCUCCGAGGACAGCAACAAGGAGUACAUCCAGGUUGACCUCCAGUUUCUGAAGGUCUUGACGGGCAUCGCCACCCAGGGGGCCAUUUCCAAAGAGACACAGAAGUCUUACUAUGUUACCACAUUCAAACUGGAGGUCAGCACCAACGGGGAGGACUGGAUGAUCUAUCGUCAUGGCAAGAACCACAAGGUUUUCCACGCCAAUACGGACCCUGCCGAGGUGGUGCUCAACCGCGUACCGCAGCCUGUUUUGGCACGGUUUGUGCGUAUCAGACCACAGACGUGGAGGAACGGCAUCGCCCUGCGCUUUGAGCUGUACGGAUGCCAGAUUACAGAUGCUCCGUGCUCCAACCUGCAGGGCCUGCUGUCCGGCCUGCUGCCUGACGCGCAGAUCUCUGCCUCAUCCAGCAGGGACAUGGUGUGGAACCCCAGCACGGCCCGGUUGGUGGCGAGCCGCUCUGGCUGGUUUCCCUCCCCUGCGCAGCCCCUUGCUGGAGAGGAGUGGCUUCAGGUGGACCUGGGUGUGCCCAAAACAGUGCGUGGAGUCAUCACCCAGGGGGCGCGAGGGGGAGAUGCAGGAAGUGGAGGAACUACGGAGAACCGGGCUUUUGUCAGGAAGUACAAGGUCGCUUACAGCCUGAAUGGAAAAGAGUGGAAUUUCAUCAUGGACAGAAAGACAAGCCUGCCCAAGAUUUUCGAGGGGAACACACACUAUGACACACCAGAGCUGCGGCACUUUGAGGAGACGGUGGCCCAGUACGUCAGAUUGUACCCUGAGCGCUGGUCUCCAGCGGGGAUUGGGAUGAGAGUGGAGAUUCUUGGCUGUGACCUUCCAGAAAUCACCACACCGGCAGACACGGCCACGCCUACACUUCCUGCGGGUGCCCAGACCACCACGUUCCCCGCGUCCACAGUCGCCACCUCUCCGCCAGCGGACGGCGUGUGUGACUUUGAGCACGGUCUGUGUGGGUGGACGCACGACCCGAGCGCCCCCCUCCUCUGGUCCUUGCACAGCCACGAGCUCAACAGUCAUCUGUACAUCGAGGCCAGCCCAAAGACGGAGCAGCAGCGAGCCCGCCUCCUCAGCCCCACGGUGGCGGCCGACACCGGACCCGUCUGCCUCCUCUUUUCCUACCAAAUGUGGGGGGAGGCCCAGGGUCACCUGAGGGUCUUGCUGCGGGACGCCCACAAUGAGGAGACCCUCCUGUGGACCCUGAAAGAUGACCAGGGCCCAGUCUGGAAGGAGGGCCGCACCAUUCUGCCUCGCUCGCCUAAAGAGUACCAGGUUGUGAUGGAGGGCUUCUUUGUGCAUGGCACCAGAGGACACGUCUGGAUCGACAGCAUCCACAUGAGCUCCAGUACGCCGCUGGAGGAGUGCACACAACCCAUCAACGCCUUCUCUCCAGAUAUGACAGGGGGAGGUAUUCCCGUUCCUCCCUUUCCCAUCCACUGGUAUUACAUUAUGGCCGCCGGGGGCGCCCUCCUCCUCCUGGCUGUGGCCAUCUUGGUCAGGGCUCUCUGUUGCUGCAGACGACACCUGGCCACCAAGAAGAGCCAGCAGUCAGUGGCCUAUCACAGCUCUUCGCAAUGCUUCCAGUACUCAAACUGGUCCUCCAGUAUGGCCGCCCCUGGGGUGGAGCCAGUCUUGACAGUGAGGUUGGACAGCCGGGACCGACACCGUACCCUCUGCUGAAAAGAGUGACUGAGGAUGCCUACAUGUGAUGUCAGUGGUAUAAAGCCACUCAAAAAAAAACACACUCUACUGGAUGUCGCUUUGGUUGCUUGUUCGCUCCUCGUUCCAUUGAGGAGUUUGGUACUGACAUGUCACACGAUGACGCGAGGACUUAAGUUGGACUGGCUUAUUUAUGUCAAUUUCUCGAUAGGGCCCAGUGAGUGCUCCUGGAACCCCACCCCCCACACAGGCAGGCGGCCCCCGGGUUUAGCCAGGAAGAGCUGCCAAAGCGCCAGCUAAAACAAGUCCCCCCCGCCCGCCCCCGAGACACGAGGGUGGAUGCUGGCGGCAGAAAUGAACACUGCUUUUGUUUGGACCGUGGCCUGUUGCGCUGUCGGGCGGGACUUACCCUUUCCGAGCGAGCAUGUGCACAUAUGAGAAAUGAAGAAAUGCAAAUCAAUCACACUUAAAGUCCGGCGUUACAAGUGGAGAUAACCAGAUUGGUUGAUGGACGGACUCGUCCUCUCCUCAUCACGUGUCAGCCAGUGAUGGAUGCAGACGUCUUGAGCGCUCACUUUUCAUGCUCAUAUUGUCUGUCGUAAUAAAGCAUUUCGCCCCUCUCCCGUUUACGCUUCGCACCACCCACUCGUGUUGUUCAGCCCGCAUCGUCAGUUGCUCAGGUGGAAGCCGCCGAACGCAGAGCCAAGUGGGUGUUUUCACCAGGAAUGUGUGCCGGCUUGUAAAUAGACGCAGCUGUCUACCUUCAACCCUUCUUUCGUGAUGCUUGCACCUACGAAUCCAGCAGUCCCGUGAAACCAGCUGCUCGCAAGCCUCAGGGCCAACGUAAUGUCGUACGGUGGGACCUCGGUUUUCGUUAUUAAUCUUUUCCAAAGGGUCCGUCUAAAACCGAAUCGUACAAAAACUUAAACAAUUUUUCCCAUAGGAAACAAAGUCCAGACACCCAAAACACUUUUAAUAUCGUGCAAUUAUAGUUUUACAUGCAGGAAACGAGGCAAAAUGCAUAUACGGUCGUCCCUCACCACAUCGUGGUUCGAAAAUCGCUCCCUCACUCUAUCACGGUUUUUCAAAAAUGAAUGAAUUCAUGAAUGAUGUCCGUUUUGCCGGUUGUUAGUCAAAAGUACAUUGAAAGACAGGUUAUACGUGGUGUUGUGGUCAUUAGGUGUCAGUAAUGUUACCGUGAUCAGACGUUACAUGAUAUCACAUCACCUUCACGCUGCACCGAGUCAGCCGUGGCAUGUCCGACAUGAUGGAGUGAAAAAAGAGCUCUUCUCUCAUUCCGUGUGGAAGUGGUAUGUUUUUGGCUUCCUACUUUGCCCUCCUUCUCCACUCCGUGUGAAACACUUUCUUAAGUUUAGAAUAAGUAAAUUGGAGAGGUUAACUAACUAGUUAGCUCGGUAGCAUGCUAUGCUACCUUUUGCGUUCUUUAGCAAUCAGCAGGGAACAUAGGUAAGUUUCAGGAAAAUAUCAGAUCCCGACUAGAAAAGGGAGAAAGCAGCUGUGUGACAAGAUGCAUUUCAAGCAUACGGUAACUUUCACUUUGACGACACAAAUAUUUUUUGCUUGUGACAGCUCAAACAUCUAAACAACUAUGCUAACAUUAACAACAAAAAAGGGGUUGUUUUACACUCAACUAACAAUUUAUUUACAUAUAUAACAACAUGAAGUAUUUACAAUUUUCACAUUUGGAACUGAACUAUGUGUGUGCACGCGUAUAAAACUUGCCACCAUAAUCUUCUGCGCGCUGCACUCUUCCACGCGCUCUCACUUCCUCCUUCCUGUCAUGUGUGUGAUUUUUCCGUCCAAAUGCACUUCUGCCACCUUGUGGACGUCUGUGUGGCUUAAGAUUGCUCUGAAGUGAAAUCCAUUAGUGGGGAGUUGUGUCAUCACCUCUUUUUGCCUCUCGCAUAAAAGACGUAGAAAUGUUGUUGGGAUCUGGCGUUCGGGUUUCUAAAAAUGUAUAACCACGUCUUUGACAUUGAAUGAGUUAAUAUUGAAUCCUACUUUGCGGAAAUUCAUUUAUCACGGUCGGGUCUGGAACCAGUUAACCGCAAUAGACGAGGGAUGACUGUAUUUGAUGAAUAAAAGGGAUUAAUGAAAAUCGCUCGUACUUUGAAUGAAGACUCUUUCUGGCAACAACUGGUGAGGGACACCUUCAGACUUUGCUACGAGUUACAUCUUGAAUUCAAUACAGUUUCUCACCUUCUUUAUCAAAGUGCUGGCACUUGCAACUUUCUUUGGCCCCAUGGUGGGUUAUUUUGAAUACGCAAUUUAAAAAAAAAAAAAAAGCAGGGAUGGUGUUAGUUAGCAAAGAAAGACAGCUGGGCGACAGUGACUUCCCGGUUGGACAGUUGGACUCAGGCGGCGUUAUUCACCUCAACAAGACGAGUCACCAGCGUGUGGGAUUUUUUGUUUGGGCACUCGAGUCCGUGGACUGACACGCGGGCAAACGGACUAGUUUGUGUAACAUUCUCAUGUGAGUACGCCGAAUAUUAUCUCGAGAUUUGGUGUUGGGUGUGUGCUACGACAAGACUGAGGCAAAAUUUCGGUCAAAAACUGAAUAAUGGAAAACCAAGGUUCCACUGUAUAUGUGCAGCUUCUAAUAACACUUAAGGUGGGCAGGUUGUGAAAGAAGAAUGUUACAUGAGUUAUUACAUCAAUCAGAGCAAUUGGACUGGUAAAUGCAGGUGAAGCUGAGACUACAGAACCGCGAAUACCCACGGUUAGAAACUAGCAAAAGAAUCCCAAGUACACACUUGCUUCUCAGCAUCCGCACAACCACUGAGGCAACAAAACAAGGCAAGGUUUCUUUUGUCUCUAAAAAUCUGGCAUCGUCACCCUCUCGCAUGCCACUCCGCAGGAUGCACGCUGCCGCGUUUGGUGGCCGCGCUUUGUUCUCCUUCCCGAGUGGUUUGGACUGAUAUUGUGCUUUUAAAUCAACACGAGGAGGAAGGCCUGGACACCUGGGUUGACACUGUUCUGCUGCAAGCCUGCGAUACUUUUUAAUUAGUUAAUGGACAGAUAACAUUUAUUAAGGCUGCGGUAAGCACUUUUCCCUCCCAUCUAAUGCACCUCCACCUUCCUGUAGCUUGCCAAGAUGAGUUGCCCUGGAAACUGUGCUAAAAACGCCAUUGGCCACAGCAGCCCUUCGGAUUGAGACGUGUGCCUUGCCAAGCAGUUACUCUCAUUGCUGUACGCCUGCCAACCACAGAGAGGGCACAACACACACGCUUUCACAAAAAGUCUUCACUUACCUAAUACACAGCUCUUCAAUGUAAUAGUUUGGAUUAUUUUUAAAGGGGGCUUUAUUAUCUGAUGACACCUUUGCAUCUUUAAUCACUCAGAAUGAAGUCUUAUAAGGUCACUAUGCUACAUGAUGACUGUGUUUGACAGCAAUGUACCAUAAUGAUAUUUCUCUAAUGAAUAAAGUCAUAUUUUUUUACAAUUCUAUGUGCACGCUCGUGUUUGCGCUUGUUUUUGUGCCGUGCAACAGUAUUUACACUAUAUGUACAAACGUAUGGGGUCACCAUGACGUUGCAAUAUGCAGUUUGUCCGCCCUUGCAGCCAUGAUAGCUUCCACUCAGCUGGACAGACUUUCAGUAGGAGAUUGGAGUGUGUCUGUGGCAACUUUUAUCCAUUAAUCCAGAAGAACAUUGGUGAGGUCAUAAAAGGGCCAUCCUCAAGCAUAGAAUAGUCCGAAAUGUAAGAUGACACGACACGUAGCAUGAAGAUUUAGGAGCAACUAGGUGGUGAAGUCCUACCGGUGAGUGAUCAAUAGUUGAUGGAGGGGUGUAAGCGUGUGCCGUGCGUAGGGCACCACGAGCCACGGGGAUCCCAUUUUGCACAACGGAUGUGCAUCACCGCCAAGAGGCAUAGAGCACCGAGUCACCCCGAGGCAGGAGAGGUUUAUGGUUGUGUAAUGGUACAGCUGCUGCCUUUUAGGGCACAGGGUGAGGGUUCGAUCCCAGCCCCGUUUUUUUUUUAGGUUUUAGGUUUUUUUAUUCUGUAAAAUUGUUAGUUUUGCACUAAAAAGAAUUUGUUUCCCAGGCCGCUCCGUGGCCUCGUGGUUAACAUGCUGGCCACACAGUUAGGAGACCUGGGUUUGAAACUCUGUGGAGUUUGCAUGUGCGUGAGUUCUCUCCAGUUUCCUUCCACAUUCCAAACAUGCAUGUUAGGUUAAUUGCCGACUCUGAAUUGUCCAAAAACUACCAACGACGGCGGAGCCUUCGUCCCGACAGUCAGCGCUUACUGGUCGGCAAAUAUAAACAAAACAGUGCAAAAUGAUGCGCGCUCACAGACAUUGCAAAAACAUACAAACAGGCAACUUCUGUGUCAAGCUAAUGUCUCACACAGGUACAGCGUACACCACGUAGUUUGGGUCGAUCGCGUAAACGCCACUAUGUAGAUGUCAUAUGACAUCUGUCAGCUGACGUUAAGCUCCCCCCCGAUUCGCGCUUGCUCCCCCGUGGUGUUUCAAGGUGCACACGGAGACGCAACUUUCAUUUUGAUUAUUCUGAAAAGGGAUAAACUAACUCAGCUAACAUAACUUAUAUCUAUAACAAAAGUUAUCUGUUCACUUGUGGCGCCUAGUUAUGUAGAAAAAAAGUGUAUUGUUGAAGGCUUUGCUUCGUGUCAUGAAGUCCACUACAGAAAUCAGUGGUUUCUACACGCCCGCUUCUUAAACUAUUAUUUCAUGAGGAAUGGAGAAUGUGCCCAUUGCUGAAACCUUUUUAAUAUGUCGCCUUGACUUCAGCUGCAUUCUCUUUUGCAUAAUCAUUUUCAGUUCUUCUAUAUGGGUAAUGUUUGACAGCAAAUGCUAACCGGAUGUAAUAUAUGAACUGUGUCUCCUAAUGAACGUCACGUGGCUAUUUUGACUGACAUAUUACCAGUGCUCAGGUGAUGUACACAACCAUUGAGGAAUUAUGUCUAAUUAUAUUUAUUGCCACAUUGAAUAUACUGUAAUUAUGAUAUCAACUACUUUGAUUACCUGUAAACUUGUGAAUGUGAAAUAGUAAUCAUUAAUAUUUACGAUAGUAUUUCAAAGUUUGCCAGUUAGAUUUUGUAUAUGCUAUAUGUUUUGUAGAAAUUGUAACUUGCAUCCGGAAAAAGUGUGUACACCCCUGAAAAACACGUAUAACGAACAUAAAUACAUGCUCAUAUUUUUUUCAUAAAUAUAGUAAAUAUAUAUAUUCUAUAUUUAGGAGGUAGAUUGCAGGCUGAAAAAGUGUGAGCACCCCUGCCACACACUAUACUUGAGUACCAUCUGGUGGUUCAGUUGUGAAUUACACCUCUCAUGACAACAAUUAAUGAAAAAAAGGUCUAAAAUAAAUGUUGCCGAUAAUAUUGAUUAUCGACGAUAAUUUGUAGCACAAUUAUCGACCAGCAAAAUUUGGUAUCGUGACAGGCCUACCCAUGUAUUUGCAUCAGCUUCAAGUCAAAUAGGAUAAAAGAAGCUUUUAAUGGGUCAGUUCAGUCCUAGAGAUGUGACCACAGCUGCUCAGUGGCCCAGAAUUCCAGGCUGUGCCCGACUCAGGGGUGGGGGGGGGCCCCACAUCAAAUUCUGCUUAAGGCCCCAAUUUGGCCUGUGGGUGUAAGUCAGUACUUUGUCCAUAUAGUAUGUGUUUUCUGGAUCAGUGUAAAUGCUACAUUUCCUGUGCUUCUCUC